UACAUUUAAUAUGAAGACAUAAACAACAUAUUACAAGUUACAACACAUGACAACAUAUUACAAGGUGUGUUGUCGUUUCUGAUCACCAUCCGCGAUGCCUCAAAGAGCCACAGGAAGUCCGGCGGGUGGCAUUCGCUUGUGAAGAGCGCCGCCUGGUGCGCACUUGAGGUACUUGCCAGGGGAAACGAGCGGCCUCUGAUGUCCGUUUGAUAAUCAGGUGGAGCCACAAGGCAGCUGGGCGGACCUCCCACUAGUCAGCGAGCGAGGCCUCCUCCGUGCACGCACGCGCGUGCGUGUGAGUCCAUACCAGCAAACCAGCAGUGGGAAGUUUCCGACUGAUGACGGCGAUUUACGCCACUAGUGUCCGGAGUCGUGCAAACUAAAGGAGGCAAAAGCAGUUUCUCAAAGAAGCGCUUUUGGUGCCAGCCGGGAUGAUCCUGGCAACAUUAAAGGGCAUCGGGAAGCAGCUCCUGCGGGUGAAGGUCGUCGACUGCAACUCAGAGGACUCCCGGUUGUCUCGAUGCCUCAACACGUUGGACCUGGUGGCCCUCGGCGUCGGGAGUACGCUGGGUGCCGGAGUCUACAUCCUCGCCGGCGCCGUAGCGCGGGAGAGCUCUGGACCCGCCAUCGUCCUCUCCUUCCUCAUAGCCGGCUUUGCCUCAGUCCUGGCCGGUCUGUGCUACGCCGAGUUUGGAGCCCGCGUCCCCAAAACUGGCUCGGCUUACCUCUACAGCUAUGUGACCGUUGGGGAGCUGUGGGCUUUUAUCACAGGCUGGAACCUCAUCCUCUCUUACGUCAUUGGAACGUCAAGUGUGGCCAGAGCAUGGAGCGCGACCUUCGGUGAGCUAAUCGGAGGGCACAUUGAGGGAUUCUGCAGACGUUACAUGACCAUGAAUGCCCCAGGCGUCCUGGCAGAGUACCCAGACUUAUUUGCCGUCUUCAUAAUAAUCAGUCUGACGGGACUACUUGUAUUUGGAGUGAAGGAGUCGGCCAUGGUGAACAAAGUGUUCACCUGCAUCAAUGUGGUGGUGCUGCUGUUUAUGAUCAUCUCUGGCUUAAUCAAAGGAAACCUGAACAACUGGAACUUGAAUCCCGGUGAAAUCCUGAAUGCCACCAGUAACUCUAGUCUCAAUAUCUCUGAUACCCGACCAUCUGCGGAGCGUCUCGGUGAAGGUGGCUUCAUGCCGUUUGGCAUGAGUGGCGUCCUCUCUGGCGCCGCCACCUGCUUUUAUGCAUUCAUAGGCUUUGACUGCAUUGCCACGACAGGAGAAGAAGUGAAGAAUCCUCAGAGGGCCAUUCCCAUCGGCAUUGUGGCCUCGCUCCUUAUUUGCUUCGUGGCGUACUUCGGCGUCUCCGCGGCCCUCACUUUGAUGAUGCCUUACUACCUGCUGGAUGAGAACAGCCCUCUGCCAGUGGCCUUCAAGUAUGUGGGCUGGGAGCAUGCCACUUACGCAGUGGCCGUUGGAUCUUUAUGCGCCUUGUCGACCAGUCUACUAGGCUCCAUGUUCCCAAUGCCCAGAGUGAUCUGGGCCAUGGCAGAAGAUGGGCUGCUCUUCAAAUGUUUGUCCAAAAUCAGCCCGCAAAGCAAAACCCCUCUAACAGCGACAGUAACAUCAGGUGUUGUGGCAGCUGUGAUGGCUUUCCUGUUUGACUUGAAGGACCUGGUCGACCUCAUGUCUAUUGGCACUUUGCUGGCCUAUACUUUGGUGGCUGCCUGUGUGCUGGUCCUCAGGUACCAGCCUGACCAGCCCAGUGUGGCCUACAAGAUGGCCAACACUCAGGAUGAACCUGAAAUGGCUUUUAACGAGGAGAACAUCGAAAUACUGCCACAACCAGACGAUCGCUUCACCAUCAGGAAUUUACUUUUCCCCUCAAACACGGAGCCGUCCCCUCUGUCCGGGUUUACCGUCAACAUUUGCACCAGCAUCAUGGGUGUGUUGGUGUGCGUCUUUAGCAUCGUAGCUGUCCAAGGACGUCUGGCAGUCUGGUCAGUGUCUGUCCUCUGCUUUCUCACGGUGGCGUGCUUGAUCGUCAUCUUCAUCGUGUGGAGACAGCCGCAGAGCAAGAUUAAGCUGGCCUUCAAGGUUCCCCUGCUGCCCUUUCUCCCAGUCCUCAGUAUGUUCAUCAAUGUCCAUCUCAUGAUGCAGCUGGACAAAGGAACCUGGAUGCGCUUUGCCAUCUGGAUGGCUUUAGGUUUCCUGAUCUACUUCGGCUAUGGUUUUCGCAACAGUGCAGAGGCCGCGUUGACCAAGUCCAACAUCAACACGCCGACCUGCACAAUAAAGGGCGAGUCCAUGGUAACUUUGAAGAAAGCAUUUCUACACAACACGCAAACCGCCACAGGAGACGAUGAGGAAGAUUCCUGAGGAAACGGGAGGUUCACUGAUCCACUCUCUUUCUGUUCUGUCAAAUAACCGCAAAUCUACGAGACUGAAAGGGAGACUUUCAUGCACCCUUCCAAUCAGAGUGUUGAGUUAUUACCUUAUUCCAGCCACACAUUUUGAUGACAGUAAAAAUGCUAUGCUUAUUUUUUCGCUGAACACUACUAAUUAUGUGGCACCAAAUCAACCAAAGACAAGGAACACAUAUCAAUCAAAACAUAAAAUGCAUCAAAACUUUAUGUUGGUUCCUUAAUCCACAGUUUCUUAAAGCCACAUUCUUUUUAUUGUUCUGUUAUAUAACACAUUUUACUUUACACUUUACAUUUUGAGUUCAGCUUUAGUUAUUUGUAAAGCUUGAAAUCGCUCAACAUUUGUAUGUGUUGGCUGUUUAUAGAAAAGACAUGAAUUACAAAAGCGUUCUGAUUGAAAGUUAUGAGGCUUAUCAUUUAUGCUUUCUUUAUUUUCUAUAGGCAAAUCUGCAUGCUUUUAGAUUCCCUGGUACAUAUUUGUUACUCGUCAUGGUCCCUUGGCAGGCAGUGGGAGAUUAGUUUUUUAACUCCACUUCCCUAUAUUUCACAAUAUAAUGAAUUACCACCUCUGUCCACAUAAAUCAACACAAAAGGAAAGUUCGUUGUCGCAGCUUAAAUUGAGAAUCAUAGUAAUUAUUUUCAAACUGAGUUGAGAAUGUCAUUGUAUCUUGAGUGCCUUUUUGUGUUUUUAAGUUGACCUCAAUGGUAAAAAAUGUGCGACGCAUUUUGACAAAAUGUGCUGUCCAGAAGGCUCAACUCUGUAGGCCUAUGUUUAAUAUUAACUGCUCAGAAUAAUUCACCAUAAUCUGGUACAGUACUUUUGUGAUCAGUAUUAUCUCAGUGCUUGUUUUCUACAGUUGAAUGAUGUUACAUUAAGAUAAAAUACAACGAUGUUGUCUCCAUCAAGGGACUUCAUUUUUUUAAUUAGCCAAAGAAACAGAAAGCUGCUAAUGUGAAAUGAUUAUUCCACAUGACAGAGGAUGUAUUUUAAGUGCCUAUUUCCCAAGUAAAUGUUAUUGCUCCAUCAACAGAGCUGAUAUUGCUCUAUCAACAGCUUGAAUUGUGAAAUAUAUAUGUCUGUAUAUAACGUACACUUUGGAGCAGGAAAAGCAUCUAUUUAUGAUGUAUAAGAGGAAAUUUCACCGUUGUGCAGCAUUUUCACUUUUUACUUCACAUACAUCUGGAUAGGCUGAAGUAUAAUCAGUUUGUGAUUUUCAACACCUUCAGUUUCCAUAGAGAUAGUCGUACUGUAAAUUCAGAAAACAAACUACACCGGCAGUUAUGUUUACCUCAACAGUAAUAUAUCUGAGAGUGCUUUUGCCAUUCAGAUGCUAUUUAAUGAUUGUGGAAAUGAAAGCUGAGUGUCGGUGUGUGCAGCUAAAACUUGAAAGCAACAUUGUUGUGUGUUCACUAAAAAUAGGAAAUGCAAAGAGAUCCCCGAGUCCCCUUUUUAUGAAUGCUAUGAUGACGUGUUCUUUUCUUUGCCUUUUAUGUUCCAUUGAGAGUAACUAUUAACAUUGCUAGAAGCCAAAUUAUGUUAUUUACUUAGAUGUUUUGCGUCGAAACAAUGUCGCCAUUCAUGGACAUAGUUGUUUUAGAUUCCUUAACAGAGGCAAUUAAAUAGCCUGCAUGUUUGAAAUGCUACAUAGACUUGUAGAAACAAAUGGGGUGGAAACAAAUGGGGUGUAUGAAACUUGGUUGCAGUCUGAGAGUAUGCAACCGCAUUGGCAAAAGUAAGUUACCGUUUUCUGUCCAUAACUAGCCUGUAUCUAAACUGUUGUCGGGCGUUUAAAUCAGUGGGACAUUAUCAAGUAUGCACUUUGGUCUCCAAGUACCUGAUGUGUGAAAUGCAAAUGUACAACAUUUAAUAUUGCAUGUAUUAUGUAAAGUAAAUAACUGUUACAACCGGUGCCUUUGUGGCCGUUCACAAUAAAUAGAUGGAAUAUAUUAGUUUGACAGCACAACGGCAUCAGGAAUCAUUCACAAGGCGAGGCUUUAGCUCUCUUCUAAGUUCCAUGUUUCACGUGAGGCUUCAUCUUAACCCUUGUGUUGCCUUAGGGUCAUUUUGACCCGAAUCAAUAUUACACCCUCCCCCCGCUUUAGGAUUAAUUUGACCCCAGUCAAUGUUUAAUGUCGGUGUUCUUUCGGUAGUCAACAAACAAACAUAAAGUGCCUCACACUUAAACUUGGAAAACAAUAUUAAUUCUAAUAAUUUUCUGGAGGUUUUAAUUGCUGGUGUCAAAUUGAACCCAAAGGAUAAAAUAUGUUAGUAAAUAUAAAGGUAACAGGAGGGUGAAACAUUGAAUCGGGUCAAAAUGACCCAAAGGCGGGGGGAGGGUAUAAUAUUGAUUCGGGUCAAAAUGACCCUAAGGCAACACAAGGGUUAAGAAACUACAAAUGGUGCAAUUAAUUGUCCUUGACACUUUUCAAUAUGUACAAAGUUGUAUGCUGCACCAUUUAUUUUUGUUUUGCUGAUUUUAUUGUACGUUGUAAGUUAAGUUAUAAAGGUGUAAAGUGUAUCAGAGUGGUGGAGGUCAGCAGUUCGGCAUGCGGUGUCUUGCUAUUGUUUGUGAUUGGUAUAGUUACUGCUGUAAAUAAAUAUUUGCUGAAAGUUUAAGCGCA